ACCACAUUAUUCAAAUCAAACAAAUUAACACAACAACUUAUUCUCACUAAAUUAAUUUUUAUUUUUUCUUUAACAUAUAUACACAUAUACAUACACAUAUAUAUAUUUAUUCAAACUCUCACAAUUUCAGAUCUAUACCUCCAUCUUUGAUGAUGAAUGUGUAGAUACGAUUAUUGUUAUAUAUGUGUGUAUGUGUGUGUAUGUGUUAGGUUAGGGUUUUUUCAUUGAAAUGGAGAGUGAUUGGAGAAUUGGAGUCGAGAAUCAUCGCUUCUCGUCGGUGAUUGAAUCGCCGGCGAGGGUUUUUCAGAUUUCGUCGCCGGCGAAUUCUUCGGCGUCUGUGUCGCCGGCGAAUUCUUCGGCGUCUUUCUCGUCGGCUUGUUCGCCGUUCAACGGUAAUGGAAGUGUGGCGGUUGGGGUGGGUGUCGGUGGCUCGAAUUACAUCGAGCAUCGGGUUUCGAAAUUCGAUACUUUAGCUGGUGUUGCGAUUAAAUAUGGCGUUGAGGUGGCUGACAUCAAGAAGAUAAAUGGUCUAGUGACUGAUAUCCAGAUGUUUGCUCGGAAGACUCUUUACAUACCAUUACCAGGAAGGCAUCCUCCAUCUCCCAUCAUGACGAAUGGGUUUGACCAACAAGGUACAAGCAGCUCUGAGCAGACCCCUCCACCUAAGCGACGACAAUCUGAUUUUUUUGAUUCAUUUCAAUCACUGAAGCUGACAUCAUCACCCAAACGGCGAGUCUCUCCAGCCAUGAACAGUCUGCAAGGAUAUUAUGGGCUUAGGCCACCAGAUCAUAAGGCAACAGCUGAAGGAUGUGAGCUUGCUGUUUAUCAGAACGGAGGGUCCCAUCACUUGGCAGAUGGUCAGCUUGGCAAGCCGUCACCUCAUAUGAACCCACCUUUGAGUAUUCACAGAAAAAGUAGAAGUGUAGCUGAUAACUUAAAACUGGAGAAUGGUGGUUUAGCCAAAGGUGUAUCAGAUUCAGCUGCAGGAGAAACUGAUUCUGAUAACUGGAUCGGCAAUUUGGUAAGACGGCGUCAAAAAUCUGAAGCUGACGUUAAUUCGCGAGCGCCAGAGAUGUUACUGAAGGGAGACGCAAGCAAUGGAGGAUUUUCAAAGAUUACGAGUAAAGGUUUAGCAUUGAGACCAAAAGCUGCCAGUCGGAGUACCUCUGGAGUUGAUGGUGAAACAGGAGUUCAAAGUUCUGUUUCUACAGCUGUGGGGGAAUUUUCUCUUAUUGAUAGUCUUACUGGUGUAAAAAAGUCAUCGAGUACACCGAGUUUCCAGGAUUCGGAUUCCAGCCCAUCCAUCUGGUCAACAGUUAAUUGGACUUUAAAGCCAGAUCUACAGGCAUUGUCAACUGUAGCCAUUACAAGACCCAUCUUUGAUGGCUUGCCGAAGCCAAUAAGUAGCAGAAAGAACAAAACAGCCUUGGAUUAGUAAAGUUUUUUUUACCCGUUUCUAAGUUUCCUCGAUAUUUCAUACAAUUUCAUCGACUGGUAAUCCAAAUAGGACAAGAAAGCAGUGCGGGGGAGUAAAUUGUUCAUCGGUUAUAGGAUGAUAGUAUACAAUUUAUGUGGCUGAAUAUACGUUGUAAAUUCUCUCCUAAGGAGCGGCGAUUCAAGUUGAGCAUUGAAAUGCAGGACCAGGAACCAGUCAUAGUGUACGGCUUUACACAGAUACUUACCAGAAGAGGUGCAUGCACCUUUCGAACGUUCUAUAGCAAAUGUAUAUUACAAGUAGCUCUGUUAUUUAAGAUGAAGCAUGGAUAUAAAGUUUACACAUGUAGAUCCGUUUAUUUAAAGAUGAAGCAUGAGUAUAAUGUUAACAUAUGCAGCUACAAUGAUAUAUAUUGUUGUAUCCAACUUGUUGAUUCAUGUUUCA